AUGCGGUUCUUCGUCAUGGGUCCUUUCUCAAUCCUAUGUCUACUCUCUGCCAUGGUGAGCGUAGUUUUUGCUGGUUUCAAUACCAAUAGCAAAAGCAAUAUCGCUAUAUACUGGGGUCAAAACUCUGCUGGUACACAACAAACUCAACAACGGUUAUCAACAUACUGCAACAAUCCAGAUGUCGAUGUCAUCAUACUUUCCUUCCUACUCCGCUUCAGCGGCACGGGAGGCCAGCCUGUCUUGAACUUUGCCAACCAAGGCGACCGCUGCACACUCUUCGCCGGCACUGAACUUUUUCGAUGUCCUGAGAUAGAGGCCGAUAUACAAACAUGUCAAUCCCAGAGCAAAACCAUCCUCCUCUCCCUCGGCGGUGACGCUUACACAGAGGGUGGCUUCACCAGCGCAGCUGCCGCAACUGAAGGGGCCAACAAAAUCUGGGCCAUGUUCGGCCCUGUCCAGUCCGGAUCCACCGUCCCUCGCCCAUUUGGUAGCGCUAUUCUUGAUGGUUUCGAUUUCGAUUUUGAAGCCAAUGUCUCCAAUAUGGCUGUCUUCGGCAACCGUCUUCGCACUCUCUUCUCCUCCGUCAGCAAGAAAUUCUACCUCACUGCCGCACCACAAUGUCCAUUUCCAGACUGGUAUAACAAAGACAUUAUCGACAAUGUUCCACUCGACUUUCUCAAUGUGCAAUUCUAUAACAAUGGCUGUGGAGCGAGCAGUUAUGUUCCCGGACAAGAACAACAAUGGAACUUCAACUUUGAUCAAUGGGACACCUGGGCCAAGAGCGCCUCCAAGAACCCGAAUGUGAAAGUACUCCUCGGCGUUCCAGCAAACACAGGAGCAGGACGUGGAUACCUGACUCCUAGUGCUUUAGCCCCCGUCAUACAGUACUCAUCGAAAUAUUCUAGCUUUGCAGGUGUCAUGAUGUGGGAUGCCAGCCAAGCAUGGCAGAAUCCAGGAUUCAUCUCCAACGUAAAAAGCACUUUGAGAUCGCUUGCGAAGAUGAAGAGACAGCUGAGAUGGGGACGCCGCGCCAUCGACAUUGUAUAA